AUGUCCGAGUCGGAGCCAGAGGAGCAGCAGCAAGAACGCCGGUCAAAACGAGAGAUCGUAGGCUCGUUCCUUAAGGAUCAGGCGUUGAAGGGCAAGCUCUUCAUCCAGCAUUCGGUUGGCCUUGGACAGCAGCCCAACGUUAUUCCGCCAGGCGAGGCCUCUGUAAGUGGUGGGUUGCGCACCGUGCAUAUAGGAUGGCAUCCGGUUGCUGGCCUGGGCGGCAAGUGGUUCGCGGAGCAGACGGGAUUGGGGAAGAUGAUUACAGAAAACAUCAACAAUUACCCGGACCCUACGCAGCAUUGGGCGGUGCUGGUGGAUGACUAUGUGCAUCAGCUGUGGAUGGACGAACAUCUAGACAUUAUCUACAUCAAUGAAAAGCUGGUCGCGGCAGAAUGGCAUACCUUCGUGGUCGGCAAGACGCGGUUCAGCGACCAAGCACUGAAACAAGCAAGUGAAAUGACAAUUCACCAGAUGCGUGAAAAGCGAGCAGCAUACAAUCUCAUAAGCAACAAUUGCCAGAACUUCGCUCUCAACCUGCUCGAUGCGAUUCAAAUAGGCGCACACAGGGAGUUUGCGACCAGCUUCGCCGUUUACCAGAGAGCGACGGGUGCCGGCACUAUUAAAGACCUGUUCGUUGACAAGCAUCCCGAGGAGCAACAACAGCACGAGGCGGAAGAACAAGAGACAGAUGAGUUAGAACGACCGCCGAGGUUGCAGCAUAGCAAUACCAUGCAGGCCGCGCAGCAGGUCAUGGACGAGCAGACAACCAAGCUGGAUAAGCAUCACCAUGGGUCUCUCAACUGA